GCAGUGGGUGAGGGGCACCUGACGGGAUGCUUGGAGUGCCAGGGAGGCAAUAGCGCGAGAGAAACCAGGUGUUGGGUUUUUAUUGGAGAGGUGAGGACAGCCCCCGAAUCCAGGAAGAGAACCUGCUUCUGGAGGCCGGGCAGGGGAGAGGAGGGCCCCACCCCAGCUGUGUUUGCCCUGCUCUGUGUAUUCAGCCAGCUGGCUCCGGACGAGGAAGCGAAGGGCAGGGAGCCGGGCACAGUUGACAGCCUGGUACUGGCAGCGCCAGCUGGAGACACGGCACCCUGAGCAGGAGCAGCUCAGGGGACACCAGGGGACUGAAGACACUCCCACCAGGGGCUCAACAGGGACAAUGGGUAACCAAAUGAGUGUUCCACAAAGAACUGAAGACCAAGAGAACGAAAUGGAAACAGACACUUACAAGGUGGCUUCUGGGAGGGAGUGUGGUCAAAACGGGGUGCCAGUGAUCCUUUCCACCCACACCGUUCAACUCUACGACGAAGUCGAUUUGGGAAUAAGUGUCAAGGAGGAGAAUGCGGCCACUUCUUCCCCCGAAACAAUGGAGAUAAGCGCUGUUGCGGAUGCCAGCGGGAAGAAUCUUGGGAAAGAAGCCAAACCCGAGGCCCCAGCUGCUAAAUCUCGUUUUUUCUUGACACUCUCUCGGCCGGUACCAGGACGUACCGCAGACCAAGCCACAGAUUCAUCCACCGGAUCAGUGAAGCUCGAUGUCAGCUCCAAUAAAGCUCUAGGGAACAAAGGGCCGAGUGAGAGCAUGGCACUUCCCGUAGCAGCUGCAUCGGGGCACGACCCAGAUAAAGCCCCGGGGCAGACCCCGGCCGCACACCAAGGCCUCUCUGCAGAGUGGGGACCAGCGCCUCUCCCUCCUGAGUCAGGGGGACCAGCCCCCUCCAAGCCCAAGGACGCCAGCUUUUUUGACAAGCUCUUCAAACUGGACAAGGGACGGGAAAAGGCACCAGUUGACAGCCAACAGGAAGCCAAGAGCGCAGAGCAUCAGGACCAGGCCGACGAAACUCCUGGAUUAUCGAGGCAGUCGGACGAUGUGCCUCUGGAGAGCGACGUAGUUGACGGCAAGGGAAAGGAAGGACAGGAAAUCACAACAGUGAGUUACUCGGUCCCGGGGGACCCAGAAGAACUGGAGACUGCAAAGGAGGACCCCCAGACAACAAAUAUAACAGAGAAUAAUAAUUCCAUCAUGAGCUUCUUUAAAACACUGGUUUCACCUAACAAAGCUGAAACAAAGAAGGAUCUGGAAGACACGGGUGCGGAAAAGUCACCCACUACUUCAGCCGACCUCAAGUCAGACAAAGCCAAGUUUGUACCCCAGGAGACCCAAGGGGCAGCCAAGAAUUCUCCCUCCACUGAAACAGCAAAGGAAGGUGCCAAGGAAAAGGGGGGACCCACCUCUCUGCCUCUGGGCAAACUGUUCUGGAAAAAGUCAGUUAAAGAGGAUUCAGUCCCCACAGGUGCAGAGGAGAAUGCAGUGUGUGAAUCACCGGUAGAGGUUAUAAAGUCCGAGGAAGUAGAAUCAGCCUUACAGACAGUGGAUCUCAACGAAGAAGGAGAUGCCACCCCUGAACCCGCAGAAGCAAAACUCAAAAGAGAAGAACGCAGACCACCGAGAACCUCCUUGAUGGCCUUUCUCAAACAAAUGUCAGUGAAAGGGGAUGGAGGGAUCACCCCAUCAGAAGAAGUAAAUGGGAAAGACUCCAGCUACCAAACACCGGACUCAACGGAGAAGGCCCUCUCGCCACCGGAGCCAGAACCGGCAGGAGUAGGCCAGAAGGGCAAAGAAGGCUCCUCAAAAGACAGGAAGGGGGCAGCCGAAAUGAACAAGCAGAAGAGCAACAAGCAGGAAGCCAGAGAACCGGCCCCAUGCGCGGAGCCGGCCAUGGGGGAGGUGAACUUGCAGGACGGGGACAAGGCCCCAAAGCGACCCGAGAAGCGGCGGCAGUCCCUCGGGGGCUUCUUUAAGGGCCUGGGACCAAAGCGGAUGUUGGAUGCUCAAGUGCAGACAGACCCCGUAUCCAUUGGACCUGUUGGCAAAUCCAAGUAAACAAAUCACUACAGUCCCCACCAAGUCCUCCUGCCACCAGGAUGUCUCCUCCCCACUCCAUCUCCUCCCCAAACCCACUCCAUGUAUAUAUUUUUUCUUCUGAUGGCCAUCAAAUGAAAUUCUGCCUACAAAAUAAGCCUGAGCUGUUGUAUAUUGAGGUGUAUUAUUUACGUCUCUGGUCAAGUCUUUCCCGGUAAAUAGCUGUAAAGAUGGUUUAGCAAGUUAACUAGUAAGGUCAGAAGAGUUGGUUGCCAAGCAGGGGAGGGAGGGGACGGAGGAAGGCAUUCUGGUUAAGUUAUGAAAAAUGGCAGUGACGAGUAAGUUGCAGAAGAAAAAUGCCUGGUGGAAGGAAUUAAGUUUUGUAGUAAAUACGUACUCAUCCUCUAACCUUUUAGAGGAGAGACGAAAAUCUGUUUGUUUAAGUUCACAUUUCAAGGAGGGAGAACAUGGGCUCGGUGCUGGGAGGUUGCCAAUUUCCUGGAGUGGAAUGUGCGGGGAAUGAAAAGGGAAUGAAUAAGAGUCGUUUUUCAAAUAGGGUCCUUGAAAGUGAUUGACGAGAGGGAAAAGAUUGACUGGAGAGGGCUUGAGAUGAUUUGGGAAAACAAUUGCUUUUUUAGGCUCAGCGACAAGGGCGAAGAUUACAACUUCCUAAAAAACAAUGCAAAACAAAACAAAUGAAGUUGCAAGCUUAUUAAGCAACACAAGGGGGCGCUGAGGGCUCCAUGUUAAUCCUUCAACCGGUAUCCCUAACAAAGAUUUGGUCUCUGCAAUCUUACAUUAUUAAUGUUUCUCAGAUGGCCGAGGGGCUUGCUUCAUCUGUUCUGUCUGACACUUAUCUCGAGUCUGUCUGUAAUUUCCUAAUGUUCUCAGGAUGUGCUCUGAUAAAACCCUUCCCGUAACCCCAGUUAAUAAAAAUUUACAGAAGAUUAUUCAAAUACCUGAGUUGUUUUUAAUACUUGUACAGAGGAGUAAAUAGGUCCAUGAGCCUAUUAAAAUGUAAUUCAAAGUAGCAAAGAUUGACUGAUAUCAUGUAUACUGUAUCUUCCUUUUUCUGAUUUAAUAAAAAAAUACA